AGUCUGGCGACCGUCCAGAGCGGUUUGCUCUGGCGGGCUCCAUGUAUCGAGGCCACGCUGGCGGACAACUAUCGAGUCGGGGACUACAAUGUGGACUACCACGGUCAGGCGGCCCAGCUAGCUCACCAGAGCCAGGCCCAGCAGCAUUAUGACGCUCCGUCCCAUCACCAUCACCACCAUACUCACCUCCCGCAGCAUGGACGGCCGCUUCAACACCCUGGUGCCCCUAGUCCAGUCCUCCAGGAAGCGCCUCAGCACCCGCAUAAUGGAGUUACCCCAGCCCACCACCCUGCGAUGCCCCAUCAUCACCACCAGCCUCAUCCAGCCCAGAUCUUGCUUGACCCGGCGCAGAUGGGCCAUCACCGCCUAGAGGCCACGCACUUCGAAACGCCCAACUCCGUGGUCUCGCCCAUCUAUCAUAACAUUCCCACACCGACAUCUCAGACGCACAGCCAUCACCAUUCAACCGGGAUCAAGAGACCAAGACCCGAUGAGCUGGAUGUCCACGCUCAUGGCAUGGCGCACCUGGACCAGUCCGGCCUCGGCGGCAUGCAUCACGUCUCCCCCGGAGGCGGACACUACGAACCAACGGGGACGCCAACUACCGCCAUGGGCCCUGGACCGCCAACCCAUCACCAUCAUCGACUUCCAGACUCUGAGCCUUCGCCAAAGCUAAUGCGACGCGAUGACGGAGGCGCGCCCAGUGUCGUUGGGCAAGUAGGCAUGCCAGAGCCCGCUCCGCGACCAAAGGGGCCCAAGUUGAAGUUUACUCGAGAAGACGACCAGCUGCUCAUCGACCUCAAGGAGCAGAAAAAUCUUACGUGGAAGCAAAUCGCCGACUUCUUCCCAGGACGAUCCUCGGGAACCCUGCAAGUUCGAUACUGUACUAAGCUGAAAGCCAAAACCAAACAAUGGUCAGACGAGAUGGAUAUGAAACUCCGUACAGUAUUAGAAGACUACGAAAACGAGAAGUGGCGCAUAGUGGCAAGUAAACUAGGCACCGGAUUUACCCCAGCCGCCUGUCGAGACCGAGCCGACCAACUAUGGGGUGAUGCUCCUGCUGAUUUCGAGGCAUCAUCCCCAACUCAAGAUGUUUCCGCGGCGGACACAUCUGAAGUGAUAUACGCCCAACAACCGCAAUGA